AGCCCAUCACGGUACGGCCCCGCUCGGGGCGGUGCCCGGAGCCGCGCGGCGGGGCCGGGACGGAGCUGGAGAAGGGAGCGGGACGGGGCAGAGGCCGAGAGAGGUUAUCAGGAGCGUUUAAGCAGGCUCACCUCCCGACUUGCUGUUUGCACUGGAGAGACGCACUGACAUGAAAAGUAAGGAAUUGUAUUAGCAAAUAUUGAUCGGCGCUGGGGCAGGCAGGCGUUGCACAAGUACAGGCCUCUGCUGACAUUGUGCCAUGUUGUUUGGAGCUUUCAACAAGACAUUUGCGCUACCGUGAGGCAGGAAGGCUGUCACUACUGCAGGAGGUAAAAUAAGAACAUGGCAUGAUGUCCUUUGGAAAAGGAGCAGGUCUGGAGGUCUGAGGAAGGUUUCAGGCAGCUCUCAAUGGUAAACACAGACAUUUUCCUUGGUCUUUGCUUCUGGCAGCAGAGGGAUGGCAGCGAUGGCAGCCAUCAGGAAGAAGCUGGUGAUCGUGGGAGACGGUGCCUGCGGAAAGACGUGUCUGCUGAUCGUGUUCAGCAAGGACCAGUUCCCCGAGGUGUACGUGCCCACCGUGUUUGAGAACUACAUUGCUGACAUCGAGGUGGAUGGGAAGCAGGUUGAGCUGGCCCUGUGGGACACAGCAGGACAGGAGGACUAUGACAGGCUGCGGCCCCUCUCAUACCCAGACACAGACGUGAUCCUCAUGUGCUUUUCCAUCGACAGCCCGGACAGCCUCGAGAACAUCCCUGAGAAGUGGACGCCAGAGGUGAAGCACUUCUGCCCCAAUGUGCCCAUCAUCCUGGUGGGGAACAAGAAGGACCUGCGGAACGACGAGCACACGCGGCGGGAGCUGGCCAAGAUGAAGCAGGAGCCGGUGAAGCCGGAGGAGGGGAGGGACAUGGCCAACAGGAUCAAUGCCUUUGGCUACCUUGAGUGCUCGGCCAAGACGAAGGAAGGGGUGCGGGAGGUGUUCGAGAUGGCCACCCGUGCUGGCCUGCAGGUCCGGAAGAACAAGAAGCGCAGAGGCUGCCCGCUGCUGUGAGCGGCCCCAGCUGGCACCGGCACCGGGCUGCCCUGCCCGGGGAGGGGGUGCUGGCAGACAGCCCACGCAGCACCUCGUGGUGCCACUACGUGCCCUGAACCCUUUGCACCAGAGCUGCCACCCACGCCCGCAGGGUGUCCCUGUGACAUUCCGGGGCCAGGAGGGGCCAGUGCCUUCAGAACCUGCUGUUCUCCAUGGGCUGGGCGUUUGUCGCUCCCCGUGUUGCCCUGGUUUGUGCUGAGCUCCCUGGUUUUGCCUUUCCCACGGGCAUUGCUGUGGUGUUGCUCUCCUUCCCCAGCUCGGGGCGGGUGCCACAGCAGCAGGAGGUGCCAGCCACAGCUCCCGUGUGGGCUGUGCCAGGCCCUUGGUGUGCUUUGCCUGCUCUCCUUGGCUGUGCAGGCAGCACACAGCAGCGUUACAGACUCGCCUGGGCAGCUUUAGCCCUGGCUGUGAGCAGUGCUGGGCUCAGCUGCUGCCAGGAGCUCUGCUCCCGGGACGUGUGCCCAGCUCUGCCGGUAUCGCCUUCGAGUCUGCCUCGGUCGUGGACUUGGCAGCAGUAAACAGAGCUGCAUAACUGGGAGAAUAAAUGCAAACCAGUA